AUCGAUUAUCACCAUUGUCAAAAAAUAAAUGCAUGUUUAGUGUCUCUUUAACUCUCCGACGUCACCUGUCGAAAAUAUUACUACACGCUCAAAGAAAACCUUGUCGAAAUAUGGCUACCAAACAGCAGCAACCAGAGUGGCACAACCCUGUGACUGUGAACCCUCCACCCACUCUUAAAAUUUAUAAUACGCUUACGAGAAGCAAGGUUGAUUUCAUUCCGAUAAAAGGGAAACAAGUCACCUGGUAUAGUUGUGGUCCAACUGUUUACGACGCGGCGCACGUUGGUCAUGCAAGAAAUUACGUGACUAUCGAUUAUCUAAGAAGAAUAUUGAAUGAUUAUUUUAAUUACGACGUACUUUUUGUCAUGAAUAUAACUGAUAUUGAUGAUAAAAUAAUAUUACGUGCACGUCAAAACCACUUGUUUAAUCAACUCAAAUCCGAAACAAAUGCAUUGACUCGCGAUCUCAUUGACAAAGUUCAACUUGCAUUAAAAAAUCACGCGCGUACUAAACUUGGCGUGGCUGAUGGUAAUAUCCGUGGUGCUAUGGCUGCGUCGGCUGCGUCGGAAGGAGAUCCAAAGUAUCUCAUGUAUGCUAAUGCGUUUAGAGAUUCUAUGGAGGCAAUUGUGGAUGCAGAAGUAGCGCUUGAAGAUAAUGACGUUAGUAGAGAAACGGCUCACAAGUUGUUGAAUUCCACGCAGUUCGUUGUGUCAUCUAUGCUAGAUGAAGAGAAAGGUUCAACUGUAUCCGAUCCGAAAAUCUUUCGAGAACUCGCAGCUUAUUGGGAACAAGAUUUCAUGGAGGAUAUGGCUGCUCUGAAUGUCCGCCCUUGUGAUAUUCUAACGCGUGUUAGCGAAUACGUUCCGGAAAUCGUCGAAUAUGUACAAAAGAUAGUGGACCAUGGCUAUGCUUACGAAAUUGGCGGAUCCGUUUAUUUUGAUACGGUUGCAUUUGACGGUCACAAAGGCCAUCAUUAUGCAAAGCUAGAACCUUGGUCAGCCGGUAAUAUAGGUUUAAUUGAUGAAGGGGAAGGUACCUUGGGUAGUAAAUUAACUGGGAAAAAGACCAAUAACGAUUUUGCUCUUUGGAAAAAGAGUAAACCUGGCGAACCAGCCUGGAAUUCCCCUUGGGGACCGGGGCGACCAGGUUGGCAUAUUGAAUGCUCUGUGAUGGCAAGUGAAAUUCUUGGUGAAAAUAUGGAUAUUCAUUCUGGAGGCAUUGACUUAGCUUUUCCGCAUCACGAUAAUGAAUUAGCCCAAUCUGAGGCAUAUCAUGGAUGUCCUCAAUGGGUUAACUAUUUUGUUCAUGUUGGUCAUCUAGAAGUAGAAGGCCAAAAAAUGAGCAAAUCAUUGAAAAAUUUUAUUACAAUUAAGCAAGCUCUCGAAAAAUAUACAUCUCGUCAAUUACGAUUGUGCUUUUUGCUUCAUCAAUGGAAUUCGAAAUUUGAACUCAAAGAAUCGAGUUUGAUUGAAGCCAAAAACAUUGAGACAAUAUUAAAUAAUUUCUUUGUAAAUGUUAAAGCACUUAUCAAUGAAAAUAAGCACACGGCUUUCAAGUCUGAUGGCGUUCAUCAUUAUAAAGACAUUGAACGAAAAAUGAUCAAAACUCUUCAAGAAAAACAGGAAGCAGUUCACAACGCUCUUUGUGACUCGAUAAACACUCCAACAGCACUGGCAGAGAUAAUGGACCUUGUGAGCAAGACCAAUAUUUACUUAUCCUCCAAACGCGGUUAUACAAAUAUUCAUGUGAUUGAAAAAAUCGCAAAAUAUGCAACAAAAAUUUUGCGAGUAUUUGGGUUAUGCGAGAACACCACUGACGAAGCUAUCGGGUUUGGAGUCACGGAGCAACAAGUCGUUGCUAAUACUGAAGAUAUCGUCAUGCCAUAUCUUCGAGUCCUUUCCUCGUUCAGAGACAAUGUUCGAGAAUUAGCGCGUCAAGAACGCGCUCACUCGGAAUUCUUAAAUCUUAGUGAUAAAUUGAGGGAUACUGACCUAGUCGAACUAGGAGUAUCGUUGGAUGAUCGUGAGGACGGCAAGGCACUAGUAAAACUUGUCGACAAAGAAGAACUAAUAAAAGCGAGAGAGGCAAAAAUACAAGCUCAGUUGGAAAAGGUAGCUCGCAAAGAAGCAGCCGCAAAAGCCAAAGAAGAGGAGAGAAAAGCUAAAUUGGAAAAAGGCAAAAUUCCAGCCGAAGAAAUGUACAAAUCGGCACGAGGAGAGAAUAACGAGAUUAUAUAUUCACUAUUUGAUGAGCAGGGUAUCCCAACACACGAUGCUCAAGGACAAGAACUUCCGAAAAAUAGGGUUAAAAAGUUAAAAAAGGAAUGGGAAGCACAGAAAAAAUUGCAUUCUGAAUAUUUAGAAUGGGUGAAACAAGAAGGAAAUGGUGAAGGUGUAUAA